AUGGCUCUCACCUUCUCGGUGUCGACGGUCAACGGGAAGACCUUUGAGGUUCAGUGUCUGAAGGAGGACACCGUGAAAACUCUUCGCGAAGAGCUCCAGAAUACGCACAUUGAGGUCCCGGCCGCCUGCUUCUUGAAGUUGUUUCACGGCCCACAGGCCCUUCACGAUGGCCUCCCGGUGGCGGAACUCGACCCGUCGCAGCCCAUCUUCGCCGUGAUCGGGCGGGAGACCAAAGUAGAAGUUCUCCUGGAAGCCGCAGGUUCUUGGCGAGGCUACAAGGAACUGGUGCAGGCGGCAGCAGCUUCCUGCGAAGGACAGAAGAUCAAGGUCAUCAAGAAGAUUCCUUCCAUUCUCGAUGUAUUGGAGGACCUGGGUGGGCAGAAGCCGGAAGUGGCUGAUCUUCGACAGGGCGAAAAGGGCUUGGAGUGCAAGGCGGAGAACGGACACCUGCUGCUACCGAGUCUCAACCUGGAAGAGCUGCAAGGAUUCUCCAAAGUGGUGUUCUCUGUGAAGCUGAACUCCGAUGCCUACAAUCAAGGCCGAUCAAGAGCUUUUUUAUGCUUGUUUCAUAGGCUAGUCGGAUGUGCCACCAGAACACUCAAAACUUUGCUAUCAUGGGAGAAUUGUUUUGUAAACCUCACACGAGCACGUCGUCGCUCUGGCUCAUGUGCAUCCAUCUCGCCAGAACAAAACCGUGCCACUAUGAUGUGA